AUGGCAACUUCCUCAUCGUGUGGGCACCUAGAAGUAGCUGAGAGACAACCCAGCGCUGCUCCAACUGAUGUCCAGGCUACAGGAUUGUCUGUUUCGGAGAUUCUUGCGUGGAGACAUAGCAAAGAAAGCCUGGGAAGACCUCAGGGAUUUGAGGUUGGUUACUGGAAAGAUAUGGAACAAGAGGAAGCGGCUGAAAAGACCAGGACAGAAGGAAAUGAGUCAUCCAUCAUUCUGACAGGGCUUGAAGGCAACACAUUAUACCACCUGAGAGUGAAGGCGUACAACUCAGCAGGGUAUGGACCACCCAGCAGCGCCGUCCGUGCCACCACCAAGAAAUCUCCUCCUAGCCAAGCGCCAAGCAACAUCAUGUGGAUACAAGAUGGCUCCCACGUUUCCUUGGGAUGGGAACCUGUUAAACCUUUAGCUAAUGAAUCAGAUGUCAUGGGAUACAAGGUCUUGUUUAGGCAGGAAGGUGACAGCAACAGUCAAGUCAUUGAAACACAGAAAACAUCUGCAGUGGUGCUUCUCCCUGAUGUCGGGGUCUAUAUCAUAGAGGUCCGCGCAGUCAGUGAAGGAGGGGAUGGGAUGCCGAGCUCUCAAAUCAGGGUACCAUCUUUUUCAGGUGGAAAAGUCACAAGUUCUCAGUCAAGCCUACGUGCUUUCUCUACUUCGUCAUCGACUGUAACGUUCCUUUUGGUACUAAUGGUCCCGUCAACCUCGUGGUGAAGACAGACUGUGGACCUUUUCCUCAUUCAUCGUUCUGAUUGGUUUAGCCUGAUAACAUCACUGGAUGGAAUUCUGUAUCCAUGGAGGAAGCAGAAGGCAAAGAGCCCAAUGGUCAAAGACACGAGAAACACACAUGGUGCACCAGGAAGAGUGUUGUGGGUGGCCAAUAAUGCUAAAACAAUUCAUCAGGUUUCUUCUCUUCAGUUUCUUGUAAAUGUCCUCUAUGGGGGAGGGGAUAUUUAUUGCCCAACAGAGAAAAUAUGCAGAUUGUACGAAAUGAACUUUUGUAAGCAAAUGAAAAAAAAUCUGUCCAAUUUUACUUUCCUUUUCUAAUGCGUUUCUAUAUUAGCUGACACCAGUCUUGUAUCAUUAGUAGUUUAAAUUGUGGCGUCUAGUACAGUACAUCUAUUUUGUUUGAGUUGUUAUGGAUUGGUUUUUUUAAGAAAAAAAAGUUUGAUAAAUAUUUGGAGUCUAAAUCCCCCCUCCCUCUUUUCAUAAGGCUGGCUUUAUUGCUCCCCCCCCCCCAUUAGAAAGACACAAUGGCAAAAGUUACAUUAUGUGGUCCCUUUUCUAAAUCAUUGUAGAAAAUGCCACCUUAAAAAAAAAUGAAUGAGGCCCCAUCAAGUUAGCAAACUAUGGUAAUUUUUUAUUGUUUUUCUGCUCUGUUUCUAUUCUCAGGGCAUGCGAGUCACUUUUUUUCACUGCAAGGUAAUUUUCUAAGCAGCUCGGCAAAGAAUGAAACGCAGCCGUAUUAUUUUUGCACCAGCUAUUGUCCACCUUAAUAACAGAGAGAGAGAAAUGCUUAUUUUCUAACAGCGAGAAUAUAGCUGAUAGAGAAUGCAAAUGGCAAUGAAACCAUCGCCAGGCAUUUAAUCAUAGCCUCCAGUCAUUGCUAACUGGAAGUAAACAAAAAAACCCUGAAUGAAUGCAAAGAGACAGAGCUGUUAUCCUCAAACAGCUGUCAGUCUUUAGACCUUUAUUUUUGUAGUCCAUUUUUGUAUGGUACUGUACUGUCUAUAUUUGGUGAUUCAGCUGAAGGAUAUCAAGAAGCAUUUCGAGAUCGAAACAGGUGUUGCCUGGAUUUGCAGUCAAAAACGCGUACACUGUUCAAACAGGUUAAUGCCAUGUUCAAAGCAACGCUGGAAUUGAUGCUGUUAGACAUUGUUUUCUAAGCAAGUGGCCUUCAGCCAGGAUAUAUCUUCAAAUAUAUAUCCAGGAUAUAUCUUCAAAUAUAGGACUGGGCCCAUUUUCAGUUCUUUGUCUUGCAUUUUAUUUUAGCAUUGCUUUAUCCAUUUGUCUAUCAAGUUCCUUUCUUUCCUUCCUUCCUUCCUUCCUCUCCCUUCCCUUCUUCUCCAUCUUUCUGCGUCUGUCUACACUAAGUUUGUUACACCUUAUUGGUCUGACUCAUAUUACGUGAGCUAUCGGUUCAAGUUUCGGGAGUAUUCAUCCACCAUCCCUAACAAGAGAUUUGGUUCCGUUUGCAUUUUAAUGCAGACAUACCCAACUUGCACUUCCCGAAACCAUAUGCAAACCAGAAGGCACCUCUCCUUUGAAAUUCACACCUCUGAAUUUUGCAAUGCGGUUCUGCAACAACAACAAAAUGCGUACGAAAUAAAAAGUGUGCAAAUACAUUAUGAGAGUAUGUGCACAGAAAUGCAUGGAAAUAACAUGCAAAAAAAA